AUGGAGUCCAUCUUCCUCAAGAUAUCGUCUGACGUAUCACUCCACGCGCGUAUCUCUCGACCUUCAACCGACAACCAAAAGCCACUUCUAGUUCUCCUCCACUACUGGGGCGGGUCUUCUUCGACAUGGCACAAGCUCACAUCGCCCGGCUCACCGACUUCCCUGGAUACUACCUAUCCGAUUCUUGCGUUCGACCUUCGGGGCUGGGGUCAGUCAAUGGGUCCAUCUGAGGAACAUGGAAUGGCAUAUUCAAUUACGGCAAUGGCGUCCGACGUUGCACUCGCACUUGAGAAGUUGAAUCAAGAUGCUAGCACGAAUCACCUUUUAAACCACGGUUUUAUAUUCGUGGGUCAUUCUAUGGGAGCGAAAGUAGCCCUGGCUACGCUAUCUACCCUGAAUGAGAAUCUGCUUCGAGAAUUGAAAGGCUUGGUUCUAGUAGCCCCCGCACCGCCAACAGCCCUCAGCCUCCCACCGGAGAUGAAAGAACAACAAAAGGUUGCCUACGAGACAGAGGAGUCUGUAAGGUGGACCGUUAAGAACGUACUCGCAAACACUAAGAACUUAAGUGAAGACGAUAUCGAGUUGGUGGUCCAUGACAGCUUGAGUGGGAGUAACCUUGCCAAAAAAGCUUGGCCUACGUAUGGGAUGGCGGAAGAUGUUUCUGGGAGUGUAAGGAGGGCUCUGGGCAUCAUUGGUCAUGCUGGUAUUCGGGCGAGUGUUCUUGUUGGGGAGCUGGAUGUUGUCGAGCCAAGAGAGCGAGUUGAGGCUGAGGUUUGCCGAAUCCUUGAAGAAAGUGGGGUCAAAACUUCGUUGAAGGUUGUUGAGAGUGUGAAGCAUUUGAUUCCCUUGGAGUGCCCUCAGAUGAUCUAUGAAGAGAUUUCUCUUUAUUGA